UAAACCAUUUAACCCUACUGGACUGACACCUUUUAGCCGCCACUUUCUCAAAAACCCCCUCCCCGACCCAUUUCCCGGCCAAAAUGCAAUCUCCAACCAUCCCACUCCGCCGUUUCCUCACCGGACCCACCACCCUAAACCACCAUAAAAAACAAACCCCACAACCCAAGAAACCUUUCUCCGUCAGCAUGGCUCUUCGUGAAGACGCCCCAUCACUCGCCGUCGUGGGUGUCACCGGCGCCGUGGGGCAAGAAUUCUUAUCCGUACUUUCCGACCGUUCAUUUCCAUAUAAGUCAAUAAAAAUGCUCGCAAGUAAAAGAUCAGCUGGCAAGAAAUACACAUUUGAAGGCAAUGAAUAUGUGGUUGAAGAGUUGAAUAAAGAUAGUUUUAAAGAUGUUGAUAUUGCUCUGUUUAGUGCUGGUGGGUCAAUUAGUAAAGAAUUUGGGCCGAUUGCGGUUGCGAAUGGGUCGGUUGUUGUCGAUAAUAGUUCUGCUUUUAGAAUGGAUGAUGGGGUGCCUUUGGUUAUCCCUGAAGUUAACCCGGAUGCAAUGAAACAUAUUCGGGUUGGAAACGGUAAAGGCGGGUUGAUUGCGAACCCGAAUUGUAGUACUAUUAUUUGUUUGAUGGCUGCUACUCCUCUUCAUAAGAGGGCUAAAGUGUUGAGAAUGGUGGUUAGCACAUAUCAGGCAGCUAGUGGUGCUGGUGCUGCAGCUAUGGAAGAGCUUGAACUGCAGACUCGUGAGGUUCUUGAAGGGAAACGGCCGACUUGUCAAAUCUUUAAACAACAGUAUGCUUUUAAUUUGUUUUCACACAAUGCACCAGUGCUUCCAAAUGGAUAUAAUGAGGAAGAAAUGAAGUUAGUCAAAGAAACUAGGAAGAUAUGGAAUGAUAAGGAUGUCAAAGUGACUGCAACAUGCAUACGAGUUCCUGUAAUGCGUGCACAUGCUGAGAGUGUGAACUUACAGUUUGAAAGCCCUCUUGAUGAGAAUGAAGCCAGGGAGAUUUUGAGAAAAGCACCUGGUGUUGUUGUAAUUGAUGAUCGAGCUAACAAUCACUUCCCGACUCCUUUGGAAGUUUCAAACAAAGAUGAUGUGGCAGUUGGCAGAAUCCGUCAGGAUGAGUCUCAAGAUGGAAACCAUGGACUGGAUAUCUUUGUUUGCGGAGACCAAAUACGCAAGGGAGCUGCUCUGAAUGCUGUCCAGAUUGCAGAGAUGUUGCUGUAACUCAAGAUGUUACAUUUAGCCAGGUAACUCAAGAUGAAAGAACAAAUGGUUUGAAGGAGAAACAAACUCAAUUUUGAUUUGACGACAUAUACAUUCUUUUGAAAGCUUAGCGAUUGUAUAUGUUGUGAUUGCUUGCGUUUGUACAAUCUUCUUGAUCCCAAUAGCGAACAUGCUGCGUUUACUUUUAUCACAGUUUUGAUGGUAGAUUUGGGUUAGUCAUGUAGUUAGGUUGAGAGCUCUAUUGUGGAUUCGUGUUAAAUAAAGGGUGUCAAAACGAUAUUGUUUGUAAACCUGUUAUGUUUCAGAAUUCUGCAUUUCUUGUAUGAAAAGGAUGAUGGCUUUGUAUCUUA